AUGCGUUUCGCUACUGCCUCCAUGAUCUUGGCCUCUGUUGCCACCCUUGCCGCCGCUGCCCCAGUUCCAGUUGAUAUCUCAUCAUUCUUGAACGCCGGUAACCAAGGUUUCAACCUCGGCGCCUUCAACAACAACGACAUUGCCAACCUCCUCGUCGGCUUCGACUUCGGAGGAUUCAACAACCAGUUCGGCUCCCAAUUCGAUCAGAACGCCAUCCAGCUGCUCCUCAUCCAGCUCGGAUCCAACGGCUUCGGCAACUCCAACUUGAACUUCAUCUCGGACCUCAGCCAGUUCAAUAUCAACACCUUCGCCAACCAGUUCAACCAGAAUUUCGGCGCAAACUGGAACGCAAAUGAGAUCUUGGGCCUGUUGUUGCAGUUGGGUCUUGUUAACCAGAGCCAGAUCCAGAACCAAUUGAUCUUUGCUCAACAGCUCCAGAUCGCCGCCGCAUCCUGCUUCAUCUAA